CAACUAUGACAAUCAUAAUCAUUCUUAUUUUAAUCCACACUUCGAGAAUAAACCAAUUAAAAAAACAUAACAAAAAACUCUUCAAAUCUCAAUCUACUCUUUACAGGUACGGCCAGUCUCUACAAUAAUUGCAAGAAUGUACCAGGUCCAGCCAUCCGACCCACAAAGAUAUGCCUUGCGCCUUCUUCUACUCCACUGUAGAGGUCCAACAUCCUUUGAAGAUUUGAGAACAGUCGACGGUGAACUCCUAGAAACAUUCAAGGAUGCAGCAAGAGCAUUGGGUUUAAAGGAUGACGAUGCCGAGCACAGGAACUGCCUACAAGAGGCAUCAAUAAUCAACAUGCCAUACCAGAUGAGACAACUCUUCGCAACGUUGAUCAUUUUCCACACUCCAGCUGACAUCAGAACUUUAUUUGAUCAGUUCAAAGAAUCAAUGUCUGAAGAUUACAUCAGACACGACUGCCACCUACAUAAUGACCCAACAAUACCUUUCCAGGACAGACAUAUGUACCUGUGCCUUUGGGACAUUAACACCCUAUUAAAAGUCCACGGGAAAUCCAUCGCAGAUCCCGAAUUUUCUGAGUUGCCACAGCUGCCAGAUAAUUUCCAGAAUCCAGAGCAAGAUGAGGAAAACAUCGACAUUGCUCAGGAAAGAGAGCAAGGACAAGAAAUGUUGCACCGCCUCAACGAUCAACAACGACACAUUUUCGACACCGUCAUGGAAGCUAUUCAGACACAUUCCGAAAACAACUGCUUCUUUGUUGACGGUCCAGCAGGGACAGGUAAAACUUUCCUCUAUAAUACAGUUGUCCACAACCUCCAGGCAUUAGGAAUUACUGUUAAAUGUGUUGCUUAUUCAGGCAUUGCAAGCACAUUGCUGAUCAACGGAAGCACAGCACAUUCUACAUUCCAAAUUCCCAUCCCCAUAUUGCCUGACUCUACAUGCAAUAUAAAGCGACAAAGUGUUAAAGCUCAAAAGCUUUUACAAACCACUGUAUUUAUCUGGGACGAGGCCUCAAUGAUCCCAGUCAAUGCUUUAAAAGUAGUAGAUAUCCUACUCAGGGACAUUACCCGAAUUGAUAGACCAUUCGGAGGUAAAUUCAUGUUUCUUGGUGGUGAUUUUAGACAGGUUCUCCCAGUUGUUCUUAAAGCAGGCAGAGAAGGAAUCGUUCAGGAAAACAUGAAGAAUUCACCUCUAUGGCCCCAUUUCCGCAACUUUCAACUCGUCAGAAACAUGAGAGCCAUGCAAGACGAAAGAUACCGAGAAUUCUCAGAUUGGCUCUUAAGAAUUGGAAAUGGAGAAGAGCCACAGGAUGAAAACAAUGACAUCACAAUUCCUGACCACAUGUUGGUGCAGUCACUCGACGAGAUUGUUGACUUUCUCUAUCCACCACCGCCACCUGGAGAGCCAGACAUAAUGGGCGAUCCAGUAGCAAUGGCAGAACGUUGCUGCUUGACACCCACCAAUGAGGCAUCUCAUGACAUCAAUCAACUCAUUUUGGAAAGGAUCCAUGCACCAACUCAAACAUUUUUCAGUACCAAUAGGGUGAUUACUGAUGAUCCCGAAAAAGCUCUAGCAUAUCCUAUUGAGUUCCUCAAUAUCCAGACACCAACUGGUAUGCCACUUCACCAGCUAGAGCUCAAGGUCGGUGCAACAAUUAUUUUACUAAGGAACAUCAACCCUAAAAAAGGUCUCUGCAAUGGAACCCGUCUCAUUGUCCGCGACUUGCAACGUCAUCUCAUUUGGGCAGAAGUCAUCGCCAGUGAACACAGAGGACGCUAUGUAAUGAUUCCACGAAUCACAAUGUCUUCCAAAGAUACCGCCCUCCCCAUCGACAUUGCUAGAGUACAAUUUCCAGUGAGAUUGGCAUACUGUCUAACUAUAAACAAAGCACAAGGGCAAUCAUUACGAUACGUUGGUGUCUACCUCCCAGAGCCCGUUUUUACUCACGGCCAGUUAUACGUAGCCAUGUCAAGAGCCAAAUCCUUUGCAGGGAUCAAAGUCAUGUUACCACGAGGUAACAAAACAAAAAACAUCGUAUACCCUGAAGUCCUACAAUAAAUUUUACAACCAUUCACCCAUUCGCACGCACUGAAAUAUACAGAAAUUUAUCUUUGUAGUACUAACUACCAUCAAAUACUAUCAUUGUUAUAAAUACUUUAAAAAGUACACAAACAAUCUAGCGUUUCAAAAAUUAGAGUACAACACCCUAUCCACUUCAAAUGUACCCCUACCUUCCACCCCCCAACAGAGAGAAAAAAAGAAGAAAAACCUUACUCCCUUAUCCGAAACAAUAAAUAAAAAAUAAUACCUUUAGCUGUUUAACUCUAGACUUUACCUAUUCUAACACAGCGCACCCCGCGAAUUUCAAGGUGGAGAGGCCAGCUUCCAUAAAUCAAGCUCGAAUUUAGCCCUUCAAAACCAGACCUCUACAUAAAUAUUUUUCCUAAUGAAGACAUAGAUCAGGCCAUAGGCCCUCCCACUCCUCCCCCCCCCCCUCACGUGGGCCCUCUCUAAAUAUGUUGCAAACUAAAUCAUUUUCUAUAACCACCACCUGCUGAACUAUCAAAUCUACAAGCACCACUUAUGUUUUAUAAAGAAAUAUAUUUAGUUAAAUCAUAAACACUUUCGUAUAUGACAUUGUUACUAUUGUAAUUACUGGCAGAUUUUGUUUGACUCUUGAACAAUAUAUUAAUUCUCUCUUUGUAUACUAUCGCAUUUUCGUCAUAAGAAACAAUUCAACUGUAA